AUGUCAGAUGGAGAAUUCCAACCUCAAAAUAAUGUUGUAGAUCCUUUAACAAAUGUUAUUUCAUCAUCAGCUAUGGUUCCUACUUCACUAGGAACCCUCGAUAAGACAAUUAUUUCUUCAGAGAGAAAAAGAAAAGUGACAUCAGUAGUUUGGAAUGAUUUUUCAACGAAAACAAUUAAUGGUGUGCAAUAUGGUAUUUGCAACCAUUGUAAGGCAAGGUUAAAAGCACCAAGUAAUUAUGGAACCAUGAGCUUGCAUGACCAUAUAAAAAUUUGCAAGAAACGAAAGAAAAAUGGUGACUUGAGACAAUUUGUUUUGCAAUCCAAUAUUACAAAGAAUCAAGGCACUAGUGAAGCACAAGUGGAAUACCGUAAUUUUGUAUUUGAUCAAAAUGUCUCACGACAUGAGCUUGCUUGCAUGAUCAUAGUACAUGAGUAUCCACUCUCCAUGAUUAACCAUUCUCGUUUUCGAAAGUUUGUUAAUAGUAGUCUUCAACCUUUUUUUAAUAUGGUUUUCCGAAACACAAUUAAGGGUGAUAUUUUAAAGAUAUAUGAUUCUGAGAAGGUUAAAACAAGCAAAUUUAUGGAGGAGCUUAAUGGUAGAGUUGCCAUUACUUCAGAUAUGUGGACUUGUAAUCACUCAAAGAAAGAUUUUAUGGCGGUAACAUCUCACUUUAUUGAUGAUUCAUGA